UUGACCACUGACAACCGGGCCGAAAACUGAGAAACGUCGGAGUGCAAAAAAAAGAAAAAAAAGAAAAGAAAACUCGAAGUCGACAUUUUUAACAACUGAAUACCCGACCGCGAAGGAGGGCGGCAUAGCCUCUGUGAACGCACCGGGCCUCGGUUAUACCUUUAUUUGUGCUCGGAAAAGCAGACUUGAAGAAGACGUCGCUCCUCAGAUGGGAAUUUGGCUAGCAAGCUGGCUAGCAGUGUAGCGUAGCAACCAGCUAGCUAUCUUAGCUUCGUCGAACGGUGUUGACGAGACAACCACACUUUUUACUUCUCGCUCAGAGAUAAAAAGUAUAAAUGAUCAUUGUGCUUCUCGUGAAAUGCUUCUGAAUGUUUGCUCUUCUUACUGAUCGUUAUUUUGGACUAUUAUUUUCGGGCGUUAGGUUAACUUCUAGCAGGCUAGUUGGCUAGUUAGCCAUUCGCCUAUACACAAGCUACGUCGGAGCGAAGGUUCUGAUUGGCUGGACUAAACGUGAGCGAAGAUUCGGAUUGGCCGGACUGAACGUGAAGCUUCUGAUUGGCUAAACGCGGGCACGUAUUUGAGACGACGGGAUACGGAAGACCCCCCCCCCCCCCCAACUUGAACUUGGCCCCACUGCUCCAGCGAGGAGGGCACCGCGCAGCAACACUUCUGAAGGGGAACACGUCCCCGAAACAAGACACGUACCCGUCUGGCUUUUUAUACUCUGCGCUGUUGGCAUUGGAGGUUGAAGAGGGAUUUCUGUGAUCCCGUCCACGUAAAGCCGGUCCGCCGGAGUUUCUUAAGUUCGUCAGCUGUGAGCAGAGACCCCAUGAAUGGAAAUCGGAACUACAGGAGCCGUUGGGGCCCAGUCCCUGUUCUCCAUGCCCCGGAGGCCUGGCUAUGGCACCAUGGGGAAACCCAUCAAGCUGCUGGCCAAUUGCUUCCAGGUGGAGAUCCCCAAGAUGGACGUCUACCUCUAUGAGGUGGACAUUAAGCCUGAGAAGUGCCCACGCAGAGUCAACAGGGAGGUGGUGGACUCCAUGGUGCAGCACUUUAAGGUGACCAUCUUUGGGGAUCGCAGGCCAGUCUACGAUGGGAAGAAAAGUCUGUACACAGCCAAUCCACUGCCUGUGGCACCCACAGGGGUGGACCUGGAUGUCACCCUGCCCGGCGAAGGGGGCAAAGACCGGCCUUUCAAGGUUAGCAUCAAGUUCGUGUCUCUGGUCAGCUGGCACCUCCUGCACGAGGUGCUGACGGGCCGCAGCAUGCCUGAGCCCCUGGAGCUGGACAAGCCCAUCAGCACCAACCCAGUCCACGCUGUGGACGUGGUGCUGAGACACCUGCCCUCCAUGAAGUACACCCCGGUGGGUCGGUCCUUCUUCUCAGCACCAGAGGGCUACGACCAUCCUCUGGGAGGAGGGAGGGAGGUGUGGUUCGGCUUCCACCAGUCUGUCCGACCCGCCAUGUGGAAGAUGAUGCUCAACAUUGACGUGUCAGCCACGGCCUUCUACAAAGCACAGCCAGUCAUCCAGUUCAUGUGUGAAGUCCUGGACAUCCACAACAUCGAUGAACAACCCCGCCCCCUCACAGAUUCUCACCGAGUCAAGUUCACCAAAGAAAUCAAAGGUCUUAAGGUGGAGGUGACGCACUGUGGAACUAUGCGGAGGAAGUACCGAGUCUGUAAUGUGACCCGCCGGCCUGCCAGCCACCAAACGUUCCCCCUGCAGCUGGAGAAUGGGCAGACGGUGGAGCGCACAGUGGCGCAGUACUUCAGAGAGAAGUACAGCCUGCAGCUCAAGUACCCUCACCUGCCCUGCCUGCAGGUGGGGCAGGAGCAGAAACACACCUACCUGCCCCUGGAGGUGUGUAAUAUAGUAGCGGGGCAGAGGUGCAUCAAGAAACUGACGGAUAAUCAGACGUCCACCAUGAUCAAAGCCACGGCGCGCUCAGCCCCAGACAGACAGGAGGAGAUCAGCAGACUGGUGCGCAGUGCCAACUAUGAGGCAGACCCCUUUGUACAGGAGUUUCAGUUUAAAGUGCGGGACGAGAUGGCCCAUGUCACGGGCCGCGUGCUGCCGGCACCCAUGCUGCAGUACGGGGGCAGGAUCAACCCCGCGCUGUCGUUACAGAACCGGACGGUGGCGACGCCCAGUCACGGCGUGUGGGACAUGCGCGGGAAACAGUUCCACACAGGCGUGGAGAUCAAGAUGUGGGCCAUCGCCUGCUUCGCCACACAGAGACAGUGUCGCGAGGAGGUGCUGAAGGGGUUCACGGACCAGCUGCGGAAGAUCUCCAAGGACGCGGGGAUGCCCAUCCAGGGUCAGCCGUGUUUCUGCAAGUACGCGCAGGGAGCAGACAGCGUGGAGCCCAUGUUCAGACAUCUGAAGAACACCUACUCCGGCCUGCAGCUCAUCAUCGUCAUCCUGCCGGGGAAGACGCCCGUCUAUGCGGAGGUGAAGCGUGUAGGAGACACACUCCUAGGAAUGGCCACUCAGUGUGUACAGGUGAAGAACGUGGUGAAAACGUCACCACAGACUCUCUCCAACCUCUGCCUCAAGAUCAACGUCAAACUCGGCGGCAUCAACAACAUCCUGGUCCCACACCAGCGACCAUCUGUGUUCCAGCAGCCAGUCAUCUUUCUGGGGGCAGAUGUCACCCACCCUCCUGCUGGGGAUGGGAAGAAGCCCUCCAUUGCUGCAGUGGUGGGUAGUAUGGAUGCCCACCCCAGCCGGUACUGUGCCACGGUACGUGUGCAGAGGCCCCGACAGGAGGUGAUUCAGGACUUGGCCUCCAUGGUGCGGGAGCUCCUCAUCCAGUUCUACAAGUCCACACGCUACAAACCAACCAGGAUUAUCUACUACAGGGAUGGUGUGUCCGAGGGCCAGUUCAGACAGGUGCUCUAUUAUGAACUGCUCGCUAUCCGGGAGGCCUGUAUCAGCCUGGAGAAAGAAUACCAGCCCGGCAUCACCUACAUAGUGGUGCAGAAACGCCACCACACCCGCCUCUUUUGCGCCGACCGCAACGAGAGAGUAGGCCGGAGUGGGAACAUUCCUGCAGGUACGACUGUGGACACGGACAUCACACACCCCUACGAGUUCGACUUUUACCUCUGCAGUCAUGCUGGAAUACAGGGGACGAGCCGCCCCUCCCACUACCACGUGCUGUGGGAUGACAACUGUUUCACAGCCGAUGAGUUCCAGCUGCUCACCUACCAGCUGUGCCACACCUACGUACGCUGCACACGCUCUGUCUCCAUCCCUGCGCCCGCCUACUAUGCCCAUCUGGUGGCCUUCCGCGCCCGCUACCACCUGGUGGACAAGGAGCACGACAGUGCGGAGGGCAGCCACGUGUCCGGUCAGAGUAACGGUCGAGACCCUCAGGCUCUGGCGAAAGCUGUGCAGAUUCACCAUGACACCCUGAGGACCAUGUACUUCGCCUGAGAGAGCCCUAACUCCAACACACACACACACACACACACCCCCCAACGCAAAGUCACAUCGCUGUGUAUGUCUCGGAGGGUCUGUUUCCAUGGUGACGAGAGUGCCCACUAAAUCGGACCGGACACUGUGUGGCAGGAAGAGGGUAGUGCCAACCCCAAGACUGGCCUGAGAACACACACCUGCUUAUAUCCCACACCUGAGCAUUCAGCACUGUUAUGCAAUAUUAAACCAGCCAAUCACUUUUUUUUUUUUCUUUUUUUUUCCCCCUUUUGGGGGGGGUUUCCUGGCACUCCCCUCCCCUCAUUACUAACCACAAGGGAGUUCCUCCCCUCCCCUCUGAUCAGCUUACCUCAUGGUUGUAACUCAGAAGCUCUUUUUUACCAAUUAGCCCCCUCUUGCAGGCUGAUCUUGAAAGAGCGGAGGCGAUUGGAAGCACGUGAAAUAGGCCAUGGUUUGAUCUACGUCAGUGGAGGCGUAGCGAAAGUUCAGUUACCUUACCCCCUUGCCCUUGGGGAUUUUAAAUGUAAGAGUGUCAAUUGCCUUGAACCAGUUGUGUGUUAUAAAUAGAUAAAAGAACACACACACGCGCGCACACACACACACACACACACACUUACGUUAUGAGGGAAGUGCCAACCACAGGCAUAAUGCCCAGAUAUUUCCCCAAACUGCCUGUGGUAGGGGAGGUUAGGACUUAUCACAGGAUAUCUCACAUUCAUUUGUUGUUUGUUUCUCAGAGCCAUUUUGUUUGUUUGUUUGAACUCCCCCCUACUCUUUAGAGUAAUAUCAUCCUGGGGUUAUAAUGUGUACGCUUAUCUUUUGUUUGUUUGUUUGUUUGGUUGGUUGGUUGGUUGGUUGUGGGUUUGGGGGGUCCUCCAUAUGUGUAUUUACCUUUUCCAGAUCAAUUGCAUUUUUUUGCUGCAUUCAAAUUUUAAUGUCCCACCCCUCUAGUUAUUUAUCUCUUAUUCUUAAAAUACCCGGAGACGCUGUAUGUUAUUUGCUAGAUGGUGAUCCUCUGGUUUUAGUGCAAUACUCUGUGUCCCCGCAUUGGUGAGGGUUUGCGUUACGUGAGGCUGGACAGAGGGAAUGAGGAGGAUGAUGCUUUUGACUUAGAGUGUUCACGUGGAAAGGGAAGGAUUGUAGGACUCCUUUAAGGACUGGCCUUUCUUUGAUAACGGUUUCAAAUCAAGUGCCUGGUUUUGGAAAUGAAUGAUUUCUGAAAGGUUUUUAAAGUGAAGAAUGUUUUGCUCAGAGAUGGUUAAUGCGAUGCAUUAAGAUGACACGGGGCGUAGUUUCAACAGAGUUCUGGCAGAUCAGACCUCAGAUACCCUUUGAAGAUUUGUUAUAGUUGUAUGUCAGCAUGCUCCAUUCGAUUGCAGUAAGCUAUGAUCUGUCUUACCUCCUGGUGAUCAAAAAAUGUUUUUUCACUGAUCAGUAUUGGCAGGAUGAUUAUUUAGCUGUGACACUUCAUGGACAUUUCUGGACAGAGCAUACACAGACAAGCAUGUGUCUCUUCAGGGAGAGCAAUGGCAAAUCCUGCAUUUAAAAGUCUUUUAUAGCUGCGUCACCAUAACUGUUGUUAGCAUUUUUGUUUGUUUGUUUGUUUUUUCCUCCAUGGCGGAAACCUAGUAAACUGUCAUCUGCCUACUCAUGACAAAGGACCUAGCUGCUACUGUACGGGUUCCUUUAGUUAAGACUGACUGCGUGCUUCAGGGUCAUCUAAGGCAAAGACAGACAGGCAUGCUAGUAAGCAGAGGACCAGCAGAGGGCAGCGUGGAGCUUGUUUCCUCGCUGGCUCACGGUGCGCCUGUCCUGAAGCACAUCCCGCUUUGUGAGGAAACGGUAACCUGCACUAAUCGAUGCUGAACAAAAGCUUGGUGCUACAAGGCGCGCCGCUUUUUGGUGUGCCGUGCUGAGACAUUAACGUAAAGAUGCAAUGGCACGAACGAGGAGCGUGUUCCUGGUGCUGGCUGCAUAGCUUUCUUUCUUAUUUAGUCAAAGGUUCUGUUCAUCAGAACAGGUGAUGCUUGACCGUUUGGUACAGGUGUGAUUAUGUAGGUAUUGCAUAGGGUUGGUGCCAUGCCAAAAGUUUCCCUCAAUGCCAAUAAAAUACUGAUGUUGUUGUUGUUGUUGUUGUAUUUAAAGCUGCUAUGGGCCAGUUAGCAUCACAGAAAUGAGAUUAUGCUACCCUGUUUGGCUUUUAUUCAUCAGCCUUUUGUCCUUUCAAAGCGAAAGAGAAGUGCAUGUCAACAAACUUUUACUUUUGAAUUAUGCAAUUCAUGCCACUUAAUUUUGCAAACUAAAUAAUAAAAAAUAAAGUAAUUUAUUAACAUUUUGAUAUUAAACACAGUAAUUGCUAGACAGAUGUAAAGGACAAUUAUUGUGUUGUCCAGGUCAUGUUUCAUAGAGCUUGUGUCAGAGAAGUUGGUAUGUGCGGCCGUCUGAACAAAAGACAUUUGCGCAGCAGAUUGAAUUUUAUUAAAUACUAAAUUAUUUAAAGGCCUCCAUUUUGACACCGUCAAAUAGGUUGUGGUGAUGUCUUAUUUUAGUUUUCCAUAAAGGAACCACUAUUGUUGACUCAUUUUCUGAACAACCUUUUAGAUAAGCCUGCUAUCGUCUUUUUUGACUAUAUAAAUAGUCUUAGUUUUUGGUGGUUUUUUUGGGGGGGGGGAUCUGUGCAGGUACAACAGUGUUUUGUCUUGAAGUACGUUCUGCGCCACCCAGAACAGUUGUAGUGUGGUUCUGAAAGGCAUCCGAGAGUUUCUGAAGCUGUAGGUGAGUAUCUGAGUGCGGACGGAGCUGUGUAGCACGCGUGGUGCAUCACCUCCUCCCCCUAGUCAUGCAAGUGUUCUCGGUGUCUCAUGAAUGAUGUGUGCUUCAUUGCAAGCAUGUUAGCUGGUGCUUUGAACCCAUGCAGGAAGGAACUGUAGUCGUGUGUUUCGGAUUAUCAGGAAACGACGGAGGAGCUGCAGCUGUUCACCGGCCCUAUGGGCUGGUUUUCCGGCUAGCUUCAGCCCCUGCACUUGGAGUUUAAGGGUGUGAAGUUAAAAAAGGAUCUCGGCUUAGAACUGGAAAUGGAAUCCUUAGAAAGUGCCUUUCCUCAUGACGGUGCUGAAGUAUAUGACCCUAACGUGACAGAUCAAAUAGCUGAGUGGUCUUUAUCUUCUCUUAUAGAAGUGUUUUGUGCGCACACAUACAUACACACACACACACACACACACACACACACACACACACACACACACUCAUCUAAACAUACCUUCACACUCAUUUUAAUCUGAAGAGGGAGACUCAUAAUGAUGUCCCUGUGUACAUUCAGAUAUUACUCUGACGAUAUAUGCCAAGUAUAUGAUCCCGUGGUGGAGCUCUGUAUCAGUGUGGUAGGAGACAGGACCAAUAGACAUGCUGGUACAGGUGAACGUGCUCUAUUUGAAAUGGCGACCGUGGCAGACGGGCAACAUGGCCUGACCCCGUAGAACGCCUAGCACAGCACUUUAAAGACGACUGCCACCCAAACAGGAAGCGGAGACUGAUUUGCUUUCCAAUUAUUUAGUAUGUUGUUGUUGUUGUUGUUGUUGUAGUGUGUGUUUGUUUUGUUUUUUUUCUUUUCUUUUUUUUCCUCUCCCCUAAAGCCCCUUUCUGCCAUGUACUACAGAUUAAGAAACAGACUUCAGUCCUUUUUGCAAUUUUGUUGUGGGAGUUUGGAGCUGAUCGAGUUAAGCGAAAGUUUACACGUGACCCUGGCUGUGACAGCACCUGGGUGGUUUCCAGCAUGUCAGCCCCUCUUUGUGCAUUCAGGGGGCUAGGUCACAACUCCUUCUCGUGCAAUGCCCUAUAGAUAUGUUCCUUACAAACAGAGGAAGAAUAUUUUUAUUAACUUCGCGUGACUUGGAGAAAUGGGGUCAGAACUCCUACUGACCCCUUGGUGUGGGUUUGUCACAUGGAUGCCCGUCGGUCCAGGAGGACAUACCUCUCCAAGAGAUCUCAAAACACUGCACCUCACUCACCUUGUUAUGCUGCAAAAUGUUAUACUAAAUGAGAUAAACUGCAGAUAUUGCUUUGAUAACAGUAUAAUGCUAGAUUUAAUGCCUGGUGUCAUUUAUCCUUAACUAUUUUAGAGUAAGAGAAAUAAUUGUAUGAAGUUUUUUUUUUUUUUUUUUUUUUUUAAAUCUUUUUUUUCUUUUAUUGAGCCA